AGCUCAAGUUGCUGAAUUCUUGGAUCAUGAACGGCCUCAUUAUCAUCAGAGUCUUCGGAUUCCGAGCUUCCACAUUCCUCAUUCGCAGCUUCAUCGAUGUUCUCUUCAAUAUUUUGAUCCUCUGUCGUUCCGCGUGCGUCCUCUUCCAUCUUCAUAUUUUCCGCCAUGUUGAAUGUACAAGAUAGCAAAGGACUCUGGGUAGAAUAGUUCAAAAGCCCGCGAUGUAUGACAGCAAAACCUCAGAGUAUGCGCAGUAAUUUCAACUAAAAAGAAAAAAAAUUAAGCAAAAGUUUUGAGAGAUGGAGCAAACAUGGCCGACUUGGGUGAGAAUUUAUGCUCUCCAGAUUUGAAGGAAGAAGAAACUGUUUUAGCUCUACGACUCGCUGAAGCUCUUCGGGCCGAUGAAGUUGAAACCUUUCUCGAGAUUUAUGACAGUAUUCCAUGCACUACCGACAGGAAACGGGUUGAUAAAAUAAAAGAGAUGGCAAGACAAGUUGCAGCACUUCCUAAGAAAACAUUUGAGCUCUAUCGUUCAAAGAAAAUACUCUCUAGUAGUGACUCUCAUGCAUUUUUUCCUCCAAGUUCAAAUCACAUUUUAAAGGACAAGUUAGCCCCAAAUUCCUUCACCAUAACAACUCCAGUAGACAAUUUACCAAAGGAGCUAAGUGAUGUUCAAAACAAAGAGGAUGUUAUUUGGUCUGCAGAUAAUCCUGUGGAUCUAGUAGACACUGAUGUGAAGCAAAAAAGUAAAAACAAAAAGAAGAGGAAAUCAAAAAAAGGCAAAGUGCCAAUUUCUUUGCAGGAAUCUUCAGUAGCAAACAGCAUUAGUAGUGCAGAAGAACCAAGGGCAGGUGAUUUGGAGAUGAAACACAAAGUUCUUGGCUUAGAAAAUUGUGCUCCUCUACAUGUCACUAUGAAUACAAAUCUUGUCGCAGACAUUUCAAAUGGAAGAGAUUUGGAAACAACUCAAAGUUCCAAAGCAAUUGAAAUGGACUUGACAUCUUGUGGAAGUUCUUCAUCUAAUGACAGUGGAAUAGUGACCCCAGAUUCUGGACUAGGAUCACAUACCUCACCAGUCUUUGCCAAAGAACCACCAUUUGGUUUUCCACCUUCCUCUGAAAAGCUGUUGGAAUCUGCCUUAGAACUCUUACCCAAUGUUAAACUUGGAAGUGCUAAUUCGUCUAGUAAGACAGAUACCACAAAGUAUAUUAAAAACAGUUCCCCAGACUAUGGUAGCAACCAAAAAGAGGCAGAACAGGAGGUCAAAAAUUGUCAAGCUACAGCAACAGAUACCAGGGACCUAUUACAGAAGGAUAAUGUGAAGGAAGAUAUUAAUUCAUAUGAUAUAGAGGAUGAUCCUGUGAGUGACGUUUCUGAUGUUAAAGAAGUGUGUAAAGACUUCGUCGUACUUGAGGGAGACUCUGUGGAUGGGGAUGUCUCAAGUUCAUCUGCAGUGGAGGAAGAGGGGGGCUGGCAGUCCCAAACAAAAAGAUCACACCGCAAGAAGAAGAAGGAUCUUGCAGUUAGGACAAACAGGGAAAAGAAUCACAUGGAGAGAUUUCAAAGGAGAGACUUUCCCAAACAACAGUCUGACAGUCAAUUUAGGAAGAACCACCAUCAUAGAAAGUGUGUGGAUGAUAAAAAGAGUCACUUCAAAUCAUCCGAAAACAGAAAUAGCACUUUUUACGUUGAGCCUUCCAUAAUGAAUUCAAUUGUAAAUGGCCAGUUGCAAGUUAAGACUGCCAAAGACAAUGAAGCAAAAUUUAAUAAAGGACCUGAUAAUAAAGGGUUCUCUUAUAGAGAUGCAUUGAUCAAGGCAAGAGGAAAAGGUGAGCCUAAUGAAAGUAGUGACAGUGGAGUUGAUGCUAACAGUGUCAGCUCUUGUGAAAUGAGCAGUCGGCAAGUGGAGACACCAAGGGACACAUUCAACAAACAGCAGUGUGUGGACUAUUUACAUAAUGCAUGGAAGAAAGUAAUGCUUGAGGCAAAGGAAGGUCUUGUGAUUUGCUUCAGUGUGGAUUCAGAUCCAGUUUUGUGUCAGCAGAAGCGUAAGCAACAGGCUGCCAAUAAGAUGAAUGCAAAGAUGCAUUAGAAGGAGCAAGUUCUUCUCCCCAAGAGACCAUGAAAAUGUAUAACUUAGCUGCUAAUAUUGUUAGGCCACUGGGCUGUAUUUAUGGCACUUACAGAGCAGCCGCUAAUUUAGUUAGGUAGGUAUUUAAUAUUAUUUCUCUCGGCAAAUUGAGCAGUGUUUUGAGACUUGAUUUCAAUUUCAGAAUAUAUUCUGGAAUCUUGAGUCCUAAAGGUGCAUUAUUAUUUGAAUUAGUAAGUGAGUGUGACAUGAAAGUGUCAAUAUCUAAGUAAUUUAUUUUAGGUAAAAAUGUCAUUUAAAUUUGAUCUUUGACAAUGUAGCUACAUCACUGAUACAUUUUACCAAGCUUUAGCAGGUGUUUCCCUGACAACUAGAACUGUUUUGUACCAUUCACCUACUCCUUCACUUGUCUCUACUGACUAGAGCCUCGAGCAGGCUACCUGAUAUUCUGAAUGAUCUUAACACAAGUUAAUAUAUGACAUAAAGUUCCAUCUUCUCCCCCCACCCCACAGAAAAAAAAAUUAGAAGGAGAAAAAAAGUUAAUGAACUGAUUGUGGAUAAUAUGAAGUCAGCCCAUUUUCAGCUUAUAAAGAUGAAGUUUGGACUAGAAAACGAGGCCUAUUGCAUGACUUCUGAGCAAAUCAUCUCAGCAGAAAGAAAAAAAGAGAGAUUAAUUAAAGUAUAUUCUUCACUGUUAGAUGAGAUAGAAGAAAAAACUUUCAUUCUUGGAAAUUUACAAUUCCGAUUAAAAAGUGAAGGUGCAAACCAGGCUUUAAAGGGAAGUAAUUCUGUAUGCAAGGUGGGUUUCUCAUCAAUGCCUGAUUCAGGAGCUCCAAAACUGGGAGCUUAAAUUUUACAAAUUCUACAGGACUUUUUUAUACUAAUAUUACCCAAAGCCAUGGAUAGUCAGAUACCCACUAUUUAAGGGCAUAUGAAAAGAUUAAGGAAAUGAUUUUGUUUUAAUGGAAUAGGUAUAUCCCUGAAUUGAACAACAAUGAACUUUGAAACAAUUUUUGGACUGUCUGUUCCUCUUUAUAGCCCAUCUCCACCUUACUUGGAAUAAGUAAAGAAAACUAAAUAGAAUCUGAAUUAAUUUUUUUGGAAUUUGUUGAAUAAUCAAGAAGACAUAUUUAUUUUUUUUAGACUAGUGUUGGCUAUUUGACUAUUUACAGGUUUCUUGUUUGUUUAUGUGUUUCAAUUUAUCUUGGCAAAUUUUCUCUGUGAAUGAUUCUUCUGCAGAAUUAAAUUGAAUUAUGUAAUAUAGUUGGGGAAACUUUUUUCAAGCUCUGCUUGAGGAUUGUUUCUUCAAAGUAUUUAAAAGAUUACAAGGGUGAUACUAUGACAAUUCCAGAAUGCGUGUGGUUAGGAUUUGUUAGCGUUAGUUAAGGGCCCGUGUGAACAAUUUGAGGUCAAAUUUUUCUGUGAAACUUCAGUGGGUGAAAGAUUUAUCUGCUUGCAAUUACGACUAAUUUUGGGUAGAGUCCGAGCUGUAUUGAAUAAUAAACUUUUCGAAGUUUUAUUUAAUUUUUUAGACAGCAUACGCUUGCAAAUCUUGUUUGCAGUGUAGGUGUGUAAUUUCAUCGGCUCCUGGAUUUUCUUUGCUUUCCUUUCAGGAACAAAUAUGUGCAAAAACAUAUUUGAACAUUUGAAACUAACUUGCAAAUUUUUUUCUUUAUCCAGUUUUUCCGCUGGUUUGUGGAAUGUUGUCAUGUAGUUAGAUUUCAGUGGAGUGACCGUGAUGAAAAUAUCUAUUUUUUUUAAUUGAAAGAUACGAAGACAUUAUAUUAAGCAUUGGUAUAAUUACGUGUUAUUAGGCUGGGAACAGCUUUCGUUAACAGCAAAUUUCCGAAUAAGAGUGAACAUUCUCCGAUCGCUGGUGAACACCGUGAGCUUCAAGUUCAUGGAAGACAUGAGCUCAGAUUUAAUUUAUUUCCUCCGAGACGAUUGCCGGUUUCCCGGAUAGUGCUGAGUAAUUUGGGGAGCAUUUUUCAAGGUAAUUUAUUGUCCUCGUAGUUGUGAUAGGAACCAAUUACUUCGAGUAAUUUGGUGUUUGAAAAGAACAUUAUUUGACUCAUUUUCUGAGAAAUCUUGUAGGAUAAAACUCUAGGAAAUAUAGACGUACUUCUACUGCACAUUUAGAGCUUUCUUUCCCCAAGUUGAUCCAAUGAUCGGUUUUAGGCUUUGUGCAUCAUGAAAGCGCAGCCCUAACUUUUCUAGUUUAGUCAUUUGCAAUCCUUCAUUUGUAGGUGCAGUAGCCAAAGUUGCAAACUUGCUGCUAGUCAGGGAAAGGGUUAAUUAACUAAUUAUUUAAAGUUUGAGGAUUAAAACUUGAAUUUGUACAAACA